CCCAACCUGGCCUCAUACCAGCUGAGACACGACUGAGCUUCCAGAACAGGAAGCUGUGACCGGCACUGCUUGGUGUCCAGCCUCCCACUCGAGUCUGGGCCUGAGAAGAAAGAAGAGAGAUUCCAGUCAACAGCGCGACAGGAUCAGAGCCGCUGACCACCUGCAUCAAAGGCUCUGACCUCCGCGGCCCCAGUCGCUGACCGGACACGUCACAUCCUUACCAGUCUUCAGAGAACACUCCUCUCCAUCCGACGAAAUGAUAGAACCCUCUGAAGACUCAUUUGAGACGAUGAUGGAGCGUAAGAAUCCAUCAUCAAAACAAAUGGAGUCCUCCGAGGGCUCACCCAACACCGCCGUGGAGGCAUCAGGCAGCGGCCCCGCCCACGAGAUGAAAGAGCUGCCCUUUGAUCUCCGCCAAGACAUGGAGGAGCCAUCCAGUGGCCCGCGUAGGGAAAUUAAGGAUCCACCCAAUGACCUACUCCAAGACCUGGAGGAGCCACACACCGGUUCACACCAGGAAGCGGGGGGUCCAACGAGCGAGGCACCUGGCGGGAUGCAAGGGGCAUCAGACAACCCCUGGGGAGCCCAAGACGACGAAGUCGACGACGCUGACCUGGCCGACGUGGGAAGCGAGGAGCUCCUGGAGGAGGAUUCCGAGACUUCAGAGUUCAUGGCCACGGUGAGAUCCAUCAUCUCUCUGUACCUCCGCGUGCAAGACCUGAGAGAGCAACAGAGGGUGGCGGAAGAGAUCUUGGUAAGAGGAAUCCACGCCGGCCAGCUGCCCGUCCCGGCGUGCUUCUCGGGCGACCGCAGAGAAUACCACGAGUUCAUCGUGCUCUGUCAACUGAUCCUACAAAGCUACCCCAGAAUGUACUGCAACGACCGGCUGCGAGUGAGGUACGUCAUCUACCACCUCUCGGGCAUGGCCUUGGAGUGGGCCACGACGCUGAUGCAGGAAGGCAGCCCCCUGAUGGACGACUUCCCGGCCUUCCUAGAGGCCAUGUCAAACGUGUUUGAGUACCGGCAGGCGCUGCGAGUGGCGGAAGACGCCAUGUUCCACAUCACGCAGGGGACUCGCAGCGCCAGGGAAUACAUCAGCGAGUUCCAGGGCCUGGUCCCCACCUUGGGCUGGCCCGACGAAGUCCUGCAAGCCCACCUGUGCCAGGGCCUCAACGAGGAGAUCAGGCAUUAUCUGUUCCGGGUCCCCCAGCCAGACUCGCUGGACAGUCUGAUCAUGCUCAUCCUGCAAAUAGAAGAGAAGCUGGCGGAGAGGAGGGCGAUGCUCAGGCUGCCCCCGGAGUCCCGCCCCCGGAACCUGACCUGGAUCGACUCACCUGCCCCAGAGAGGUGGAUGGUCAGCAGCUGGCUGUCCCGCGAUUGCCGCCCCGUCAUCAACCGCGACCACCUCUUCCUGCUGCUUCUCAUCAGAGUGAACCCCUAUCACAGCAUCGCGGUGCAGACCCUGCUGGACUCGGGCGCGGGCGGCAACUAUAUGGACGAGAAGUUCGCCCAGGAGCACUACGUCGAGCUGUACGAGAAGCCCUACCCGCACAUGGUCCAGGGCGUGGACGGCUCCCUGCUCGGCAACGAACCUGUGUGGCUCCGCACCGAGCCGCUGGUGUGCAUCCAUCAGAACCACCAGGAGUCCAUCGAAUUCGACGUCGUUCCGUCCCCCAACUUCCCCGUGAUACUAGGCAUCAACUGGCUCAGGACCCACGCCCCCGAAGUCGACUGGGUCAAAGGCCGCUGCACCUUCCACUCUCCCUACUGCCUGCAGAAGUGCUUCCGCCCGCCCCCACCAUGCAUCGCGCUAGAGAGACAUGCCAUCAGCCUGCUGCCCGGACUGCCGCCCCUGUACUCCGACCUGGCCGACGUGUUUAACCCGAAGGAAGCAGAUGAUGAGACUUCCGACCAGCCAAGCUCAGACGGAUCCGAUGAUCUUUCUGAAUCAGAGCCCUCUGAGCUUCAGCAGGCUGGAGACAGUGAUCACAGCGAGACCUUCUACGAGUGUCCCUCCAUCGCGCCGUGGGAACCUAUAGGUGCCAGGGUGCAAGAAAAUGCCAGGCCGCGGGAUGAAUUCUGGGACCCGCAGGACAUGCUGACCAACAGACAGGACUACGUACAGAUGAUUCCGGAACUGUUCGACCAGUUACACGGAGCUACAUGGUUCACAAAGCUCGAGCUGCGGGGGACCGUCGUGGAGGAAAGCACGAGCAUACGCCAGGCAGAAGAUGUAUGGAGAGCAGCGUUCGGUUUCGAGCCUCAAGAGAUGGAGAGCUACCAGCCCUUCCCGCUGUCCUCAGACCCCACCAUCCCUCAGGACGUGGUCCACUUUAUCCUAAAGGACAUGCUAGGCUACUUCGUGCUGUCCUACGGGCAGGACGUCCUGAUCUACUCUAUGAGUCAGGAGGGGCACUUCCAACAUGUCCGACAAGUCCUGGUCCGCUUUCGACACCACCGCGUCUACUGCUCCCUGGACAGAAGCCAGUUCCACCGACACACCGUCGAGUUCCUGGGAUUCGUCAUCACCCCCAAAGGGGUGAAGCUAAACAGGAGCAUCGUGACCACCGUGACGGGGUACCCCACCCCUGGCUCUAAGAAGUCCCUGCAGCACCUGAUCGAGUUCAUCUUCCCUUACCGGCACUUCGUGGACCGUUUCACCAUCAUCGCAGAGCCGCUGGCGCGGCAGCUGCUGACCAGCGAGGCCUUCUGCUGGGGGGAGGAGGAGCAGGAAGCCUUCGACUGUCUGAAGCGGGCGUUCCGCAAGGCGCCCCUCCUGCACCACCCCAAGCCGCAGAACCCCUUCUACUUGGAAACGGGAGCCACCAAGACGGCCCUGCACGCCUCCCUGAUCCAAAUAGACGAGCAAACCGGCAACAGGGUCUCCUGCGCUUUCUACUCGCGAAACAUCUCGGCCAUCGAGGUCGACUACUCUCAACUGGAGAUGAGGAUCCUUCCAAUAAGGGCUGCCUUCACGGUGUGGUGCCGCUACCUGGAGAACACCGAGGAGCCCAUCAUGAUCCUUCUCAACACAGAGGAUCUAGCCUCUCUGAAUAAUGACAGGCUCACCGUACUUCUCCCCGGGCAUUGGGUCUUCUUCUUCUCCCACUUCAACUUCGACGUCAUGGAGCGCCCCAAGCAAGACUCGGGCUGGCCCCUGCCACCCGCCAGAAACCUCAACCGCAGGGCUUUCCGGCGCAACGCUGCCGCCCGGGCGAGGUCGCUGUUCACGACCGGAGGGUCCCCCCGGGAUCAGUCGCUGGACUCCGGGGAGGAAGAGGAAGACGCGCGCAGCCAGGACCAGCCUCGCGGGCGGAGCCGGCAGCAAGAGUUCCUGGCCCUGAUACCCAUCGACCAAAUAUUCAACAGCCUCCUCGCCCACUUCAGCGUGGCCCAGAUCAGGGCCGUCGUUCUGCACUUCUUCCGUGGCCUCCUGUUCUGGAAGGACACCCUGGCCGUGGCGGCCCUCCUCGUGCUGCUGAAGCUGAAGCGGCGCCUCUCCCCGCGGCCCGCGGCCACCAAGGCGCUGGCCCGGCCCCCCCGGCGCUGGCUGCGCCUCGACCAGGCCCCGGCUCUGUUCGUGGACGGCCGCGUGGCCGCCGCCGCGGCCCAGCUCCUGGCCCAGGUGCCCCCUCCCGUGGGCAGGAGCGCCGUCCCCGCCGAGGAGCUGGGGGCGCUGCUCCGGGGCCCCGGCCGCCACCGCCGCCGCCCGCAGCAGGCCCUGCUCCCCCUGAGCCACCGCGGCCUGCAGUUCACACCCGGCUUCUGGCUGAUGCUGUGCGAGUUCUUCGGCGUGAGAGCCGGCCCUCCCCGGGGCGCCCGACCCCUCCCGGGGGGGACCCGCCCCCUCGAGCUGCACGUCGCCGGCGGUGAGGAUGUCGUCUUGCGAGAAGCCCUGCAAGACGACCUGCAACGUUACCGUCAGUGUGGCCUGCAUGACGGCCUGCAAGACAGCCCGCAGGACGAGCAGGACAGCGACGUGCGCCAGGCGGCCCUGCAGCCCCGCCAAAGCCUCCCCGCGCCUGCCGAGGUCCUGGCCUUCCUGAGCCGACACCCGCCCCGCGCCCGCGGCAGCGGCGGCGCCCCCGUCGGCCAGGAGCAGGCGGCCGUGGCCCUGACCCGCUUUCUGACCGCCAUCUAUGCCCGGCUGCCACCCGCCGCCAGCCGGGCCCGCGAGGGAGCCAGGCUGGAGGAGCUGCCCGGGGACGAGGGCGACGCGAGCCCCGAGUGAAGCGCCUCGGCUCCUCUGCCCCCACUGCUGCCACUCCCACGGAGUCUCCUUCCGGCCUCCCCGUGCCUCCGCCCGCUUCGCUCAGACCCAGCGCCCCCCGCCUGCCGCUCCCAACGCAAGGGGAACCCGCUCGAGAAGGGCAAAACGUUCUUCAGCUCAUCAACCAGCAACAUCGUCUGUGCCACCACCAGCGGCCCGUCCAACCAUCAGAGACCCAGAGCCAGCUCAGGGCUACGCAACCACAGUCCCGUCUUAACCGCCCAGCUCCCAGGCUUGCAGCUGGGGGGGCUGCCAAUGAGGGAGAGAGCGGUGGUGAGCAGAUGACCCCGUGACCCAAGGCACAGCAGGCGCAGCCAAGCAAGCAGAUGCCGGGGACCCGCCCCCUGGAGUGACCAGUGGUCUCCGUGUGCCGCCCUGGGACACUGACCUCGGGUGCUCCACUGACUUCUUCUACCUCCACCUCCGGUGCUCCUGCUCCCCUGGGCCCCCGCCCCCCGCCCCCGCCCCCCACCCGCGCUCACACCUCGUGGAGCGCUGUGGCACCUCCCUCGCCCGCCCCACAGCAAAGCCAGCCCACCCCCCACCCUCCAGUUCAGCCCCCUUGACACUGACUCUGUCUGGCCCUGAGCUCUGCCCUUACCUGGACGGCGCCUCUCCACAGAGCGUCCGACGUACCAGUACUCACCGAACCUGCGUCCUCGAGAGGGACUCCAGGGACACCGAGGGGAGACCUCGCUUGGUGGGACUCCCUCUCCCCUCCCGGCACCCACAGUACAGGCGCCCGGACGUCCGCGACAGGGGAGGAGGCUCCGAGAGAGACGGAGGAAGGCCCCAACCACCCAGCGCACUGUGCUGAGCCAGCUGCUCCCAGACCACCGCUCUCUGCCACGGGGAGGAGACCCCCCCACCGUCCCACCCUCUCACCUUUCCCACCCCCAAAAUAAAGCAAAAUUAAAGAUGA